AUGCAGUCCCUAACCCCAGAUGUUGGUUCAGUAGGCCAAUGUGUCCGAACUCUCAAUACCUCCAAAGAGAAGGAGGUGACCAAAGCUCUACACACACUAACCAGUUACCUGGACAGUGAGUCUCAGAGUACAAUCCCCUCAGCUCAGCAAGCAGAGUUCAGUCGAGUCCACUACACCCGGGCCCUACAGUUUCUCAUCAUUAACAUCAAUGCUGAUUGGUUCCAGCUUCUUUCCCGCUGCCCAGCGCACAGAAUUGUGUUAGUGCUGAUGGAUGGUAGCUGAUCGUCUAUCUCCAGCAGCCCCAGUGCAGGUCUGGACCGUUUGGUUAGCAUCCUAGAGCAUCCUAGAAGGUUCCUUCAGAGCGGUCCUCUGACAGUCCUACUGUGGUCCCGCUGUCAGGUGACUGGUCCCCGACUGGUGGCUCUGCCUGACCUGACUGCCAACCAGUUGCACCACCACAACAAGACCCUCUUCCUCCCCCAGCUGUACUACCUACUAUUGGCCAGAGGAAUGCUCACCGCGCUGGAGAGAACCUGCCAGGCUUUGAGAGAUGGAAAAUACUGCUCCCUGACGUUUUUCGCCAAGGCACUGGGCAAGGCCUGUGUUCAGGGACAUGGUGCGGUGACAAAUGCGGACACGUCCGGGACCAUGGAAGGCCACCAAAAGCUCUGUCGCACAAAGGCCAGGGUCCGACGGGUGCCCGGAUGGCAGGCCAGCCUGGAGGAGUGGGCCCACUCCAGGACCACGAAGCGGACAGUGUCGGGAACGGACAUCCGUGAUUAUGAGCUCACCCCUUAUGACAUGUCAGCUGACCAGGAGAUGAACCCAAACCGUUAGCCCGUCGCUGGAUACUUCUUCUUCUCCCUGCUCAGGAACUAUGACGUGCCUCCGAUGACCUUUGACUUGCUGGGCAUUGACCACCUGGUAAUGGGGAGACUGAUCCACACGCUGGCCCUUCUGAUGCACCUAGCAGUCAAUGCUCCUGUGGCCACUUAGAUGGGCAGAGCUCUGUUGGACUUUGUCUGGGCUGUACGCUACCGCGUUGACCAGAUGGUCUGCUCUGUCUUUCUGAGCAUGCCAAGUCAGAGUUUGCUGGUGGAGCUCCGUGAUCAGCUCUUUGAGACAAGAGCAUGGCUGGCAGAUGUAGCUGAAGGGGACCCUGAUGCAGACUGCGGGAACCUGGCCGUGCAGAGCCUGGUGCUGCUGGAGAAUAGUCUGAAGACUGGAUUGGACCCUGCUCCACUGGGCUUGCUGUCAUAA